UUUCAUGAAAGAUGCAUGGGUCGAUUUAAAAAAUUAAUUCCCAUUAUUUCUGGAAAGAAUUACAUACAUGAAGGUGUAAUUCAAACGGGGUCAGAUCAGAUAAAUAAACAUCAACUAAGAGAGCUGCUGACUCUACCAGAAUGGACCUCCCUUGUAGGAAAUUCACAUUCAGUCGAAACAUUUACCAUUACCUACCCUACUCUAGUCGCUUCAGAGGGAGGAGACGAUUCAGAAGACAAUGAUCAAGAACUAUCUUCGGCAAGUCGUGUCAUCAUAGAAGUCCCCGAACUAGGCCACAGUUUUGAUCUAGACGUAAAAUCCAGCCCAGAUAUUCUGACUCCAGAUUUCGUCGUACUAGAAACGUUCGCAAAUAGAUCUCAACCCAUCACUGUUCAAAAAGAAGACAGAAACUGCUAUUUUAGAGGAACUACAGCUGCGUUGAGUCUGUGCAAAGGAGUGCGAGGAAUUGUACACCUGAACGACACAGAUUUCUUCCUGAUCCAUCCACUGCCAAGUAGGUUCCACAAUGAAACUGCCAAUCCGCACAUACUCAUCCAGAAAAAACACCACGCAGUUCAUACGGGGAACUGCCCUCAUUAUGACACUAUACAGCUCAAGCAAAAUACAACCAAAGACAUUACAUAUGCCAAAGUUAACAAUAAAAUUCAUGAAACUCAUCUCGAAUGGAGUUCCGAUGAAGAAGAAGAUAUAGACAAGGACAUCAAUAUCUCCAGCAGGUCUAAAAGGGAUGUUCUGGAGGAUUAUUUGGAUGAUUUUUCGUACAGUAACUUGGGAAGGAAAAAAAGGGAAUCUUUUCCUGAUGGGGCACCAGCUUUCGUAGAAACAGCGGUUUUUGUGGAUAAAGAUCUCUUCGAGCAUAUGAAAACUAACUAUCCAGUAGAUACUGAGAGGGAACUUAUUCGAUUCGUUCUGGCUAUGAUAAAUGCUGUUCAACUCUUGUAUCACGACCCCAGCCUAGGAAGGCCGGUCAACUUCGUGCUGAAGAGGUUAGAAAUCUUGAAAGAGGAGGUGGCAGGCUUGCUCAGACCUCCCGAUAUUGACAGAUUUCUGUCAAAUUUUUGCAACUGGCAGAAAACUAAAAAUCCUCCCGGAGAUAGUCAACCCUUGCACUGGGACCAUGCUCUCAUCUUGACCGGAUUGGAUUUGUACGUUCGGGGAAAGCAUGGAAAGAUUUCGAAUCAAGUGGUUGGUUUGGCUCCUGUGGCUGGCAUGUGCACCACCACCAGCAGUUGUACAGUCAACGAAGGAAGACAUUUCGAAAGCGUAUAUGUAGUAGCUCACGAAAUUGGACAUAGUUUGGGUAUGAGACACGAUGGUCCAUUAGCAGAAAAUGAUUGUGACCCAAGCAGCUAUAUUAUGUCACCGACGCUGGGCAGUGGAAAAAAUACUUGGUCCUCUUGCAGCAAGAGAUAUUUGCAGAAAUUCUUGGAUACUCCCCAAUCCAGAUGUCUGCUGGACCAUGGAAGUUCAGCUGGUAAACUGGACCACAGCGCUGAGGGAGCUUUACCAGGAGAACGGUUCGAUGCAAAUCAACAAUGCAUGCUUAAAUAUGGAAGAGGCAGCAGGCAUUCUUCUCAACAACCUUUAAAUGACGUGUGCAGGGACUUGCACUGUGAAAGAGAAAGAUAUACAUGGACUUCUCACCCUGCCCUGGAAGGAACCACGUGCGGUAAUAACAUGUGGUGUAGGGGCGGAAGAUGUGUGGUGAAAGGUCUAGCCUUAACGGCAGCGUACGCUUCUCAGCAGACAGCCGCUCGAUUGGGGCAAAUCAACGGAGGAUGGAGUCAAUGGAAGCAUUUCUCUGAAUGCGCUUCUGGGUGUCUAUUUGGCGAAGAGGGGCGACUCAGAUCAGGCAGUACCGGAAUCAUGGUGUCUGAGCGGAUGUGCAACAAUCCUCGCCCCCAAGGUGCAGGUACAGACUGCGACGGACCAUCCACAAGGUACUCGACCUGCACUGCCCAACAGUGUUCCAAUGUUCCUCGGUUGACCAUUCGCGAGUUUGCUGAUCAAAUUUGCAGCAGAGUCAAGGACGUGGAUAAGGACUUAACAGGAUUGGGAAUGCAAAAAAUCAGCUCAGACGCCGAAGAAGCAUGCUUGGUUUGGUGCCAAAAACGCAACGGAAGUACCAAAAGCAGAGGAUGGACUUUUCCAGAUGGAACAGCUUGUCAAAUCCGUAGAAAUCGUUAUGGAAUAGCAAGUUACUGCAUCAAAGGACGAUGCGAAGAAUUCAUCUGCGACUCCUUAGAAGAGGCAGCGUUCGCUCAGUCCCCAGACCUGUGCCCCGUCGACAAAAGCGACAACGAGCUCAGCUGGAGAACAGGUUUGAAAGGGAGAGAGGGUGCCAUCCGAUGGAAAAGCGCCAGUGGGUGUCACUACAACUGCGUCUCGCCGGGAUCUGGAAUACGAUUGGUGAUGAGCAAGAAGCAUGGCAGGUCCAGCAUUCAGUUGUGUCAGCCGGACAAAUUCGGAUGCAGCCGUGUUAAAUCGCCUUACCAGCACGCUUCUAUGGUAUGCACAAAAUAUAAAGAGAGAGUGAGACGUCUUUCUGGGCUAGGGAUGCAGAUAUCGCCAGCUGUUGAGGAUCCAGAUAGACCUUGUCGAAUAGCUUGCCAGGACGAUUUCAUUUCCCAUAGGUUUUACCUAGUCAACGGAGAAGACGGAUGGUUUCCAUUUGGAACGGAUUGCUCAAGAGGAACUUCCGGGAAAAAAGCAUAUUGCGUUAGCGGAAAAUGUUUGGAAUUCGGUGCUGACGACACACCACUGUCUGAAAGUGAAUUUACUCUUCCCCUACUGUCCAGAUCUCGGAGGUCCUUGUACAAUAACGGCUCAAUUAGAAUAAUGACAAAACUGAAUCAAAUGGAGUUGGAGGAUAUCAUCAGUGGCUUACACAGGACUUUGUCAGGUAAUCCGAGCUAUCCGGUGAAAUAUGACAUUGAUUUGAACAAUCCUAUACAUGUAAACAUGGACAUGGAGCAGCAAAAUCACCCUCAAAGAUACUUUAGAAGCGAAGACUACGUAAAUUUCGCCUAACUUCGGAAUAUUUUCAUAUGUGAUUAUUCUUGUAGAUUUUAUAUUUUGGUAGCCUAUGGACGACAUUUAUAAUAAACUUCUUUUACUUUUUGGU